AAUGGGAGCCUUUCAAUGCUAAAUGUUCCCUCCACAAUGUCAAACUUAAAUUGUUCUAAAUUCUUGGUCGCACUUGUGUUGACCAGCAGCUAUGUCUUGGCAUCGGAAAAAUGCAUUUAUUGUCGGGAUAUAAAUUGCCAAAGGAGCAGCUAUAAUGCAGAGGAACAAUGCUCAGAGAAGUUGGAUGCCUGCGUGAGUGUUUUUAAGGCAGGCGUAAUUCAGGCCCAAGGAUGUCUGGAAAGUCUCGAAGAUGAUUGGCGAGAAAAAUGCGAGGAUAAAGAUGAAGGACAUGAAAUCGAUUGCGAGAUAUGUGUAACCGAAAGAUGCAACAACGUUGCAUCCAAAAGGGCUAGUUGUCUUCAGUGCAACAAUACAGAGGACGCACAGUGCGCUGAAUCUCCCGGGCUACUAAAGGCUGUACAAUGUCCUAUUGCUAGAUCUGGCAGAAGUUUUUGCUAUGCCAGUUUGAUUGGAGACGUUUUGAGAAGGGGAUGCUCCCUGACCCUUUCAGAUCAAGUCAAAUGCCUGGCUGAUCCGAAUUGCCACUUGUGCGAUCCUUUGGAACAACCACAUUGCAAUGAUCAAAUUGUAAGGGCAGAUGAUUCACCAACCACUCCGGAACCGACGGAAUCUACAAGUUCUUCAACGGAGUCCACGCCUAGUUCAACAAUGACAACUGAAUCAUCAUCAAGUUCUACAACCAGUACAUCUACAAGUUCUACAACAAACUCACCAGAAACUACACAAUCCACCACAGAACCUUCGACCACUGAAGAGGUUCCAACCACAACCGACAAACCCAAUUCGGCAUUCGGUUUGAACGCUUCCGUAUUGCUGAUCUUUGCUCAAUUGGCAGUUUGUUUUUACAACCCACUUAAAUAGGCAAAGUGGCGGCGCUUAGCCACAAUUCCCACGGACUUCUCCAAUCUAUGUACGACAUUAUUAAAGUAAUUUUUAUGAAGUGACCAUAAAUUAUUUUUGCGAUCAAA